GCUUCCAUCGCCAUGAAUUCAUCCCCAAUCAUUCUCUCCCUCCUUCUAAUCACCCUUCAUUUCCUCUCUUUCACCUCAAAUUCCUUCCUUUUUCAAACCACUCAAAUCCGGUCAAUUAUUUUGUUUCAGGGUUCAUUAUAUGAAGAGAAAACCAGACUGGGUUCGACGCCGCCAAGCUGUCACAACAAGUGCAAUCUCUGCCACCCAUGCAUGGCGGUGCAGGUGCCGACGGUGCCGGGAGUCCGGCCGCCAGGGACGGCGGCGGCGAUGGAGUACUACGAUCGACAGCCAACUCCUUCUUCAUUGGGAAACAGGUACUCAAAUUACAAGCCACUUGGGUGGAAAUGCAGAUGUGGGGGUCAUUUCUAUAACCCUUAAUUAGUUUCUUUUUCUUUUUCUUUUUAAUUACAAAACAUCACCAUGUAACCUUUCCAUCUAGUUUAUGAUGUCACCAGAAAUCAAUUUUUUUAAAAUGAA